AAAAAAAAAAAAUCUACAGAAUGAAACAUUUUAUUUUUACAAUAAUUUUAUUUGCUACGCUUUUAAUGGCAAAUGCUCUACAAUUUUCACAAUGCUCCGGAAAUUAUCCAAAUCCAGUUAAUGUGUCUAUAUUACCUGAUCCUCCCAUUUUUGGACAGCCUGUGGAAGUCUUUAUUUCCAUAAUGGCAUAUACAACAGUCGAAGUUGGUGCAUAUGUUGAUAUUCAAGUGAACAAUCCUGAUUGGGUGUUUCCAUUCACUUUCCAACAAGAUAUUUGUAAUGAUAAUUAUGUUAAAAAUUGUCCAAUAUCAGAUACUUAUCAAUUUAAUUACCCAUAUUAUUUCUUAGUCGGCAGUAAAACUUUAACGGUUAAUAUUAAAGCAAGACUUGUGAAUCCAGAUAAUACUAUUUUAAGCUGUAUCGAUGGUAGUGUUACUAUACAAGCACCGGUUUCACAAAAGUAGGCAAAAGUUAAACUAUAGUACUGUUAAAAGUUGAAUAGUAAUUUUUUAUAUUUAUUGUUAUUAUCUUUAUUAUGGUGUACAUAUUGUAUCUAUUGGCGGUUUCAUUCCCUUCAUCUGCUUGGAUUUAUUGUAUUUAUGAAUAAUAAAUCCAAUAAAUCCAACAACAAUUAUACUAAGAAUAGUAGUUCCUAUUAAAAUAUUAUCUUUAAAAGGAGUGGUGUCAACUCUAUUAUAAUAAUCCACUUCAGUAAAAUUUGCAUAAUCUCCAAUCUUAUAAAUAAGAACAUCAUUACUAGCUUGUUGGGUAGUUCCUUGACCUAAGAAAAGAAAAUAAAAAUUUGUUAUAAUAAAAUCUUUUAUUUGUUUCA